CGUCGCGUUUGAUUUAAACUGUGCUGCUGAACUUUCUUCAGACUUCAGGCGAGAGAAACAUCACCUGUGUCGUUAUUUUAUUUACGCAAUUUAAACGGAUGUAUAGUUCUAAUUUACAUUUGUUUUUAAAUACAGGUUUUAUUGUAUAAAACAGGUUCGGCAAACAAAAAAUACUUUUAUUAUUAUUAUUAUUUAGUAGUAGUUCGAUGAAUUUUUUGAACUUGAUUUCUUCGUAAAUUGUCGACGGAAGUUAAAUAGUUUUGUGUUGACUUUAGAUUAGUGUUAAGUCUUUUAAUUAUCAAGCUAACUUAAACCAAGAUCAAAUAAUGCUCCGGAACAACGCUACAAUAGAAACGUGCGAUCUGUCGAACUGCAUCGAGUUCAUUAAAGAUCAGCUGUAUUUUGCUCUUCUUCAUCAGAAGGUGAAGAGCACUCCUGACAGACACUGUUUCUGCAUCGAUGAAGAGCUUUCCUAUGAGAACUUCUAUGCGGACUUCGGCCCGCUCAACCUGGCCAUGUUUUAUCGCUUCUGUUGCAAACUCAACAAGAAGCUGAAGUCUUGUGCUCUUGCAAAGAAGACGAUUGUGUUUUAUACCUGCGGUGACAGAAAGAAACAAGCCAAUGCUGCGUAUUUGAUCGGCUCUUAUGCUGUAAUGCAUCUACAGAAAACGCCAGAAGAAGCGUACAGCCUUCUGGUCUCCCAAAAUGCGUCGUAUCUUCCUUUUCGAGAUGCAUCUUUUGGAGCAUGCAUGUUCAAUCUGAAUAUCCUCGACUGUCUGCUGGCCGUCCACAAGGCUCUUCAGUUCGGCUGGCUGGAUUUCUCAAAGUUUAACGUGGAGGAAUAUGAACAUUAUGAGCGGGCCGAAAAUGGAGAUUUCAACUGGAUAAUUCCAGGGAAGUUUUUGGCUUUCAGCGGCCCUCAUCCAAAGAGCAAGAUUGAGAACGGAUACCCUCUUCAUGCCCCUGAAGCGUAUUUCCCCUACUUCAGGAAGCACAACAUCACCACCAUCAUCCGGCUCAACAAGAAGAUGUACGACGCCAAGCGUUUCACAGACAUGGGCUUCAAGCACCACGACCUGUUCUUUGUAGAUGGCAGUACGCCCAACGACGCCAUCGUCACCAAGUUCCUGAACAUCUGCGAGAAUGCUGACGGAGGCAUUGCUGUCCACUGCAAAGCCGGUCUGGGCCGGACAGGGACACUGAUUGGCUGUUACAUGAUGAAACACUUCAGACUGACUGCAGCCGAAGCCAUCGCGUGGAUCAGGAUCUGCAGACCCGGUUCAGUCAUCGGACCUCAGCAGAACUUCAUCGACGAAAAGCAGGCGAGUCUGUGGGAGGAAGGUGAUGUGUACCGGCAACAAAUAACUGAGCAGGAAAACGGCUCGAGUAAAGCGGCAGUGGCUGGGAUCCUCUCUGGAGUGGAAGAUAUUUCCAUUAAUGGUACAAACAAGAACAUUUCACAGAGGAAAACUCCUUCUGAAAUGCACACUGAGGAAGAGGAAGAGGAGUGCGGAGGACUCACACAAGGUGAUAAACUAAGAGCGCUGAAGAGUAAGAGGCAGUCCAGAGCAUCCACAGGCUCAAUAUCGUUAGAAGAAAAUGCAAUACACUCCAAAUCAACAUCAAGAGCGUUAAGCUCAGACAAAAGGAAAAGAACUCGGGCUUCCCUCGGAUCCAUCAGGACCAGUAGACCAUCUCUGUCCCGAGAAGGAAAGUGCUUCACACAAUGCCAUCGGUGCGCUUUCACAGACCAUGUAACUCGAUGUCCAAAGCUCGGGCUCCUCUCCUCCGCUGAAACUGGAUCCAGUACAGACCAGCAUCACUCCAGUUUACUGCUUCAUGGGUUUGUCUAAGUGAUCUGCUACUAUAAACCACAUUCAGACUGUGUGUUGGGAAAUCGGCAGAUGUUAAGCAUUUUUAUUUGAUCGAGAGAAAGCAAUGCAUUUUAUUUUUUAAAUCGGAGAGCUUUAAGCAUAAGUGAAGUUUGACUUUUUAUGCCAUUGUAAAUAUCAUGAGUGUCAGAAGCUGUCUUUGCCAUUAUGCAUUGUUACUAAACCUGUAAUAUUGUUUGUUUGUUUUUUUAAAUACUGUACCUAGUACUUUAUUAAUACUUACAGAAAUGUGAAUCACACUGUGCUAAUCAUGACUGAAAGCUGUAUAUAGGCUGGAGUUUGAUUUUUUUUUUUUUAUAAUUUUUUUUUUUACUGUAAAUAGUACUGCAUACCUUUAUUUUGAUGACCAAAUAUAAAUCAUGAUUAUUUCACGUAUAUAUAUAUAUAUGAUAGGAAAGGUUUUGAGUCAUAUCCCUUUUAAUAAAUCCUUUCUGCUAUUGCAA